CAAACGAGUUUGUCUGGAUGAGGGGAAGAUCCUGGUCUUCUAAAGGUGAAGGGGAGAAUGGUUUGAAGCUGACAGGUAAUCUCUGAGUGACAAGAGCUGAGGAUGCUCUCAUAUGGAGAAUGGGUGUGUGUGUGUGUGUGUGUGUGCUCUCGUGAAGAAUGGGGGUGUGUGUGUCUGUUUUGAGAUAGGUGAGAAUAGCGUGUAUUUUAGAUGGGUGAGACUAGAACCUGUUUUAAGGAUUCAUUUAAGAGGGAAAGCAGAGCUGAAAGAAACCUCUGAGGGAGGGAUGGGGCCCUUCCAAGAACAUCAUCUGAUUUAUGGGCACACUUGCAAUCAAACUCUUGAUUUGUUAGAAGUCUGGCUGAUGGGAGUCAUUUUAUAAUUGUCAGCUGUGGCAGAUGGUUUUGUCCUGUUCAGUUAAUAAAAUGUGAUGUGACUUGAUCAAAUUCAGUUCAGACAACAUUUAUCAGUUCUUUUAAUAUGCACAAGAAACUGUUUUAGGUACUUCUGAAUUUGUGAAGGUGAGACUUGUGAAGUUGCUUCCAUUAAGAAAUUUAACAGUAAAGAAGCGACGGGUGGAUGAAUGCAGAGAUUGCCAGAUUUCAGGCAUGUGAUGUUCAACGAUAUGUAUUGGAGUAAAGAAAACUAUAGCUUUCUGUGAAAAUGUCAGUUCUAAUAUCACAGAGUGUAAUAAAUUAUGUAGAAGAAGAAAACAUUCCUGCUUUGAAAGCUCUUCUUGAGAAAUGCAAAGAUGUUGAUGAGAGAAAUGAGUGUGGCCAGACUCCAUUGAUGAUAGCUGCUGAACAAGGCAAUCUGGAAAUAGUGAAAGAAUUAAUUAAGAAUGGCGCUAAUUGCAAUCUGGAAGAUUUGGAUAACUGGACAGCGCUUAUAUCAGCCUCAAAAGAAGGGCACCUGCACAUUGUGGAAGAACUGCUCAAAUGUGGGGCUAAUUUGGAGCACCGGGAUAUGGGAGGAUGGACGGCUCUUAUGUGGGCAUGUUACAAAGGCCGUACUGAAGUGGUUGAGCUGCUGCUUUCUCAUGGUGCCAAUCCAAGUGUUACUGGUCUGCAGUACAGUGUCUACCCAAUCAUUUGGGCAGCAGGCAGAGGCCAUGCUGAUAUAGUGCAACUUUUACUGCAAAAUGGUGCCAAGGUCAACUGCUCCGACAAGUAUGGAACCACCCCUUUGGUUUGGGCUGCACGAAAAGGUCAUUUGGAAUGUGUAAAACAUUUAUUGGCCAUGGGAGCUGAUGUUGAUCAAGAAGGAGCUAAUUCAAUGACUGCACUUAUUGUGGCAGUAAAAGGAGGCUACACACAGUCAGUGAAAGAAAUUUUGAAGCGAAAUCCAAAUGUAAAUUUAACAGAUAAGGAUGGAAAUACAGCUUUGAUGAUCGCAUCGAAGGAGGGACAUACAGAAAUUGUACAGGAUCUCCUUGAUGCUGGGACAUAUGUGAACAUACCUGACAGGAGUGGAGAUACUGUCUUAAUUGGUGCUGUCAGAGGUGGUCAUGUGGAAAUUGUUCGAGCACUUCUCCAAAAAUAUGCUGAUAUCGACAUUAGAGGACAGGACAAUAAAACUGCUUUGUAUUGGGCUGUUGAGAAAGGAAAUGCAACAAUGGUGAGAGACAUCUUACAGUGCAAUCCUGACACUGAAAUAUGCACAAAGGAUGGUGAAACACCCCUUAUAAAGGCUACCAAGAUGAGAAACAUAGAAGUGGUAGAGCUGCUGCUGGAUAAAGGAGCCAAAGUGUCUGCCAUCGAUAAGAAAGGAGACACCCCUCUGCACAUUGCUAUUCGUGGGAGGAGUCGGAAACUGGCAGAACUCCUUUUAAGAAACCCUAAAGAUGGACGGUUACUGUAUAGACCCAACAAAGCAGGCGAGACUCCCUACAAUAUUGAUUGUAGCCAUCAGAAAAGUAUUUUAACUCAAAUAUUUGGAGCCAGACACUUGUCUCCUACCGAGACAGAUGGUGACAUGCUUGGUUACGAUCUGUACAGCAGUGCCCUGGCAGAUAUUCUCAGUGAGCCUACCAUGCAGCCGCCCAUUUGUGUGGGCCUUUAUGCACAGUGGGGAAGUGGUAAAUCCUUCUUACUCAAGAAACUAGAAGAUGAAAUGAAAACUUUUGCAGGACAACAGAUUGAACCUCUGUUUCAGUUUUCAUGGCUUGUGGUGUUUCUGACCCUGCUGCUUUGUGGAGGGCUUGGUUUAUUGUUUGCUUUUACAGUAGACCCAAAUCUUGGAAUUGCAGUGUCAUUGAGCUUCUUGGCUGUCCUGUAUAUAUUUUUUAUUGUCAUUUACUUUGGUGGACGGAGGGAAGGAGAGAGUUGGAAUUGGGCCUGGGUCCUCAGUACUAGAUUGGCAAGACAUAUCGGCUACUUGGAGCUCCUCCUCAAAUUGAUGUUUGUGAACCCACCUGAGCUGCCAGAGCAAACCACUAAAGCUCUGCCUGUGAGGUUUUUGUUUACAGAUUAUAAUAGACUGUCCAGCGUAGGUGGGGAAACUUCAAUGGCUGAAAUGAUCGCCACCCUCUCGGAUGCUUGUGAAAGAGAGUUUGGCUUUUUGGCAACCAGGCUUUUCCGAGUGUUCAAGACUGAAGAUACGCAGGGUAAAAAGAAAUGGAAAAAAACGUGUUGUCUCCCAUCUUUUGUCAUCUUUCUUUUCAUCUUUGGCUGCAUUAUUGCUGGGAUUACUCUUCUGGCUAUAUUCAGAGUUGACCCCAAGCAUAUGACAGUGAAUGCUGUCCUCAUAUCAAUUGCGUCCAUAGUGGGGUUGGCGUUUGUGCUCAACUGUCGAACAUGGUGGCAGGUGCUGGAUUCACUUUUGAAUUCUCAAAGGAAACGCCUCCAUCAUGCUGCCUCCAAACUGCACAAACUGAAGAGUGAAGGAUUCAUGAAAGUUCUUAAGUGUGAAGUGGAAUUGAUGGCCAGGAUGGCAAAAACCAUUGACAGCUUCACUCAGAAUCAGACAAGGCUGGUGGUUAUCAUCGAUGGAUUAGAUGCCUGUGAGCAGGACAAAGUACUCCAGAUGCUGGACACUGUCCGAGUUCUGUUUUCAAAAGGCCCAUUCAUCGCCAUUUUUGCAAGUGAUCCACAUAUUAUCAUAAAGGCAAUUAAUCAGAACCUCAAUAGUGUGCUUCGUGACUCAAAUAUCAAUGGGCAUGACUACAUGCGCAAUAUAGUUCAUCUGCCCGUUUUCCUCAACAGUCGGGGACUAAGCAGUGCAAGAAAAUUUCUUGUGACUUCAACAACUAAUGGAGAUGUUCCAUGCUCAGAUAAUGCAGGGAUGCAGGAAGAUGCUGACAGAAGAGUUUCACAAAACAGCCUUGGAGAGAUGACAAAACUUGGUAGCAAGACAGCCCUUAAUAGACGGGACACUUACCGAAGAAGGCAGAUGCAGCGCACAAUAACCCGGCAGAUGUCCUUCGACCUCACAAAACUGCUGGUUACGGAGGACUGGUUCAGUGACAUAAGUCCGCAGACCAUGAGAAGACUGCUUAACAUUGUUUCUGUGACAGGACGAUUACUGAGAGCCAAUCAGAUAAGCUUCAACUGGGAUAGGCUUGCUAGCUGGAUCAAUCUAACUGAGCAGUGGCCGUACAGAACUUCAUGGCUCAUAUUGUAUUUGGAAGAGACUGAAGGCAUCCCAGAUCAAAUGACAUUAAAAACCAUCUAUGAAAGAAUAUCAAAGAAUAUUCCGACAACUAAAGAUGUUGAGCCACUGCUUGAAAUAGAUGGAGAUAUAAGAAAUUUUGAAGUGUUUUUGUCUUCAAGGACCCCAGUUCUUGUGGCUCGAGAUGUGAAAACCUUUUUGCCAUGCACUGUAAAUCUAGACCCCAAACUGCGGGAAAUUAUUGCAGACGUUCGCGCUGCAAGAGACCAGAUUAAUAUUGGAGGACUUGCGUAUCCUCCGCUACCUCUGCAUGAGCCUCCCCCUCGACCGCCGUCCGGCUACAGUCAGCCGGCGUCCGUCUGCUCUUCGUCCACCUCCUUCAAUGGGCCGUUUGGGGGAGGGGUUGUGUCGCCACAGCCUCAUAGCAGCUACUACAGUGGUAUGACGGGGCCCCAGCACCCCUUCUACAACAGGCCAUUCUUUGCCCCCUACCUUUACACGCCAAGGUACUGCCCUGGCGGCUCCCACCAUCUCAUCUCACGUCCAUCAGUAAAAACGAAUUUGCCCAGAGAUCAGAGCAAUGGCCUAGGAUCAGGCCCAGCCUCAGGUACAGUGCCACUGAAUUCAAUGAACGUGGAUGCGGUUUGUGAGAAACUGAAACAAAUCGAAGGGCUGGACCAGAGCAUGCUGCCUCAGUACUGUGCAACCAUCAAAAAGGCGAACAUAAAUGGCCGUGUGUUGGCUCAGUGUAACAUUGAUGAACUGAAGAAGGAAAUGAAUAUGAAUUUUGGAGACUGGCAUCUUUUUAGAAGCACAAUAUUAGAAAUGCGAAAUGCAGAAAACCAGGUGGUCCCUGAAGACCCACGUUUACUGAGUGAAAACAGCAGCUCUGUUCCUCAUGGUGAACCUGCUCGUCGAUCUGCGCACAGCGAGCUGCCCCACACCGAGCUCUCCAGUCAGGCUCCCUACACCCUGAACUUCAGCUUUGAAGAGCUGAACACGCUCGGCCUGGACGAAGGGGCUCCUCGCCACAGCAACCUAAGUUGGCAGUCACAAACUCGCAGAACCCCAAGUCUUUCCAGUCUCACUUCCCAGGAUUCCAGUAUUGAAAUUUCAAAGCUUACUGAUAAGGUGCAGGCUGAGUAUAGAGACGCUUAUAGAGAGUACAUUGCUCAGAUGUCUCAGUUAGAAGGGGGCACAGGUUCCACAACCAUGAGUGGCAGGUCUUCUCCACACAGCACGUAUUACAUGGGUCAGAGUUCAUCUGGGGGUUCCAUUCACUCUAGUCUAGAACCCGAGAAAGGGAAGGAUAGUGAACCAAAGCAAGAUGAUACACGGAAGUCAUUUCUGAUGAAGAGGGGAGAUGUUAUAGAUUAUUCCUCAUCAGGAGUUUCCACCAAUGAUGCCUCACCCCUGGAUCCUAUUACCGAAGAAGAUGAAAAAUCCGAUCAGUCAGGCAGUAAGCUUCUCCCAGGCAAGAAGUCCUCAGAAAGGUCAAGUCUCUUCCAGACAGACCUGAAGCUGAAGGGAGGUGGACUGCGCUAUCAGAAACUCCCGAGUGAUGAAGACGAGUCCGGGACAGAAGAGUCAGACAACACUCCGCUGCUCAAAGACGACAAAGACAAGAAAGCUGAAGGGAAAGCAGAGAGAGCGUUGAAGUCUCCAGAGCACAGUGCAGAGCCCAUUCGAACCUUCAUCAAGGCCAAAGAGUACUUGUCAGACGCCCUCCUUGACAAAAAGGACUCCUCUGACUCGGGAGUGAGGUCCAAUGAGAGCUCGCCCAACCACUCCCUUCACAAUGAGGCGGCAGAUGACUCCCAGCUUGAAAAGGCCAACCUCAUAGAGCUUGAAGAUGACCCCCAUAGCGGAAGACGGGGAGUCCCGCACAGCCUGAGUGGCCUGCCAGAUCCCCUCGUAGCCCGGAUGUCCAUUUGCUCUGAGGACAAGAAGAGCCCUUCCGAAUGCAGCUUGAUAGCCAGCAGCCCCGAGGAAAACUGGCCAGCGUGCCACAAAGCCUACAACCUGAAUCGCACCCCCAGCACCGUGACCCUAAACAACAACAGUGCCCCAGCUAACAGAGCCAACCAGAAUUCCGAUGAGACGGAGGGGCUGAGGGAGAUGCCCCAAGUCCUCCUGAGGUCAGGCUCCAGUUCCCACUCCACCGCUCUGCAGAAUGAGAACCUGAAGAGCAUGGCGCACAAGCGAGGCCAGCGUUCGAGCUACACGAGGCUCUCAAAGGACUCUUCAGAGCUCCAUGCAGUAGCCUCCUCUGAUAGCACAGGCUUUGGAGAAGAAAGAGAGAGCAUUCUUUAAGAAGAACAAGCACAAGUAGAAUAGCAUUACUGUGCCCCUGUGACAGGACUGACCUGAGUUUUUAGUGACUCCAUCUGUGCAUGUUAUUUUUGUCCAUUUCACUCACAAAACCUUCACGGAUGAGAAGAUCUUGGGUAAAAGAGACACAGCAGAGGGAAGUGUGAGAAAGCCUGGCUCAUCUGUCAGCCCCAUUGUCUUUGUACUUAGAAGUAUAAAAUCCCACUAUUGUUAUGACACCUUUCAUCGGCAUACAGCUGCAAGACAAGAUCUGAGUAUACAGAUAGGUUAGAGAGUUUAUUAAAUAUAAACUGAAUUUGCCAACAAAAGUAACAAGCUAGAGAUUCCUUUUGAGGAACAUUCAUUCACUAAAUAUUUGAGGGAAGACAUGAUGCUGAGUGAACCAGAAGCACAUUUUGCUCUUAAGGGGUGAUAAGUCAUGGAAUAGCCUCUAGAGACUAAAAGUUAAUGCUCUGUAAGUUGAGAACUGUGUUCUAUAUAACAGAUUGCUUAUCAAAGAGUUUAAAAAUUGUAAGUAGAAAAUAUAAAGAGGGCUUUAAAAGUUGAUAAAAGAGUGAGUCAACAGUGUCCAGAGUAGAGCCCCAGAAACUGGGCCCUUGUGAGCUGCUAGUAGGUUGGCCCGUGGGGCAGGGGGCAUCACCUCCCUAUGACCUAGAUGCCCUUCUUUCUAAAUCAGCAGACCUGUACCUAAAUCAGCAUGUGAAUUCUGGGGGAGGAUCAUAAGAAAUACUUCUGGAAAAAAGUUUAAAGACAUUUAACAAAGCAAGGGUAAAAAGAUGACUCUCGUGUGACUUUUCAUUUACUGAUAGUGGAGUUAAGAGAAUGGUCCCAUUGAAGUGUGGUGUGGACUGGAGAUGCCCCCUGCCAUCACGUGUUGACAUCUUUUUGCCCUUUUUAACAUAACGUAUCCAUGUAGCACAAUAAUCUUCAGUCACAAAUAGGAUUGUAGAUGUUGAGAUCCUAGAUGAGCAGUUACCUAAAUAUGGUGUUACAUUUUUGACAUUUUCAACUUAACCGGAUUUUUAUUGACAUGCUGAAUGGUUUAUUUGACCAAUUGUUGCAUUAAAAAGUUGCCUCUUGUGGGUUUCGUUGCAUUGCUGUUUGAGUGUAAUCUAACAUUUCCAUGAAGCGUUUAUUUUGCAUGACCUUAACAAAUGUUUUAAUCAAUUAAAAAAGAAGGCAGAAUGUUGUUGACGUUCUGUGUUGAAAUGUUAACAUUUUAGUAUUUAUAGUGUUUAUUAGUUUACAAUAUUGUGUAAUCAGCAGUUAUUUCAGGGGCAAUAUUUUGUUCCUUUUCAGGUGAGUAGAUACAGCUUAAUAUCAUUGUAGUGUAUUCUUUAUUCUGUUUGUGAAGUUAAUACAAGAGUAUUAAGUGUACAAAUAGAUUUAGAACACAAUAAAAAAAUUGCAUGCUA